AAUUUCUAUUUCUGAAAUUCCGAUUUCGGUUUUUUCGUAAUUUUUCUUUCUUCAAUAGAUUGAAAUUACCUUUAUACCCAAAAAGAUGAAGUGGUACCUAGGAGGCUAUUUUCACCCCUAGUUGAAAGUUUAAAAAACAGGACUACACACAAAUGCAAAUCGAUAGUCUUGUUCGAAAACAUCAAAUCUAUUUUGACUCUGUAAAUCAAUUACACACAGAAAAGUGAAAACACACACACACACACACACACAGUAACUCCCACACACACACACACAGAGAGACACACGUUGUGUCGUGUAUAUGUAGAGCCAGGCACAGAUGUAAUGGAGGGAGUGGUGAAAUAAGUCCAACUGAGUCACGUAAAAAUACAGGCAAGAAGACGGGUUUUAAGGAUUGAGUUCCACCUCAACACCCAACUCGGAAACUGCCCCCUUUUCUGCUACCUUUGUCUUGUUCGAGUAAUUAAUUGCUUCUUCCAUGAAUCCAAUUAUUCAUUGCUUGAACAUGGGUUGAUUGCUAAUUUCAAGGAUUUAUUUCUUAAGCGGUCGUAAAUUAUCUGUUAUCGAACUAUUCAUCAAAUUAACCGGUAGCAAGUGAAAAGGAAAAAAAAAUAGAAGAAAAAAAAACGUUCGUCGUCUUCUUGAAAACAGAAGGAAUUAAUAAACCUCAAUUUGGAAAUUAAAAAAAAAAGAAAAAGAAAAAAAAUCAUGAGUCCUGGAUGCAGCGCCUAUGAGGGCACAAUCGAGUCCCAGAGUACAGAUUACGGUAUUGCCCCUGAUAGCAUCGAGUUGAGGGCCUCUCCUCAUAGAAAGAAUUUGACUAUUAAUGGCACAAAGCGCGGCGUUGCAUCUAAUACUGCUGUGCAUGAACUUCUAGAAUGUCCCGUUUGUAUGAAAGUAAUGUACCCUCCGAUUCAGCAGUGCCCAAAUGGACAUACUUUAUGCUCCAAGUGCCAAUUGAAAAUACGUUGCUGCCCAAUUUGCCGUCACGAGCUAGGAAAUAUAAGGUGCUUGGCAUUGGAGAGAGUUGCUGAGUCACUCGAAUUGCCGUGCAAAUAUCAGGUCGUAGGGUGUCAAGAUAUUUUCCCGUAUCACGGGAGGCUGAGGCAUGAGCAGAAUUGUCGGUUUCGCCCCUACAAUUGCCCCUACGCUGGAGCCGAGUGCCACGUCAGCGGCGAUAUCCCAUUCCUUAUGGCCCACCUCAAGAGUGACCACAAGGUCGAUAUGCAUGAUGGCUCUACUUUUAACCACAGAUACGUUAAGUCCAAUCCGCAAGACGUUGAAAAUGCCACGUGGAUGCUCACCGUUUUCAAUUGUUACGGGUACCAGUUCUGCUUGCACUUUGAGGCGUUCAAUUUAGGAACAGCCCCAGUCUACAUGGCGUUCAUUCGUUUCAUGGGAGACGACCACGAUGCUAGAAAGUUCACUUACACCUUGGAAGUCGGAGCCCACGGCAGGAAGCUGACGUGGCAGGGUAUACCUAGGAGCAUACGCGACAGCCAUACGAAAGUACGCGAUAGUAUGGACGGACUAAUUAUUCAGAGAAAUAUCGCGCUCUUUUUCUCCGGGGGUAACAAGCAGGAGCUGAAGCUGAAAGUUGCGGGGCGAAUAUGGAAAGAAGAAGCGUAAAAGAGGAAGUACCGAAAUUUCUUUAUUUUAUUAACUAUUUUGUUAUUUAUGUAUAUGUAAAAAAAAAAAAAAGUUUGAGCUAGUUGUAUGAUGUGGGAUGAUCUUUUAAGUGUUGUUGGCUCAUUAAUUAAGACUGAUUGAUUAUUAACCUUAAAAAGAUUGUCAUAAUUGUGUCAUUCAUUCAGCUGUGUUUGUUGUGGUUUCUCUA